AUGUCUUAUCAUCGGAUCCUCCCCAGACCUGAUACUUGGGACAGUGAGACCCCUUCAGUCGACCAUGCUCAGUCGACUAGUGGCCCUGUUCAGUAUCGGCCAAAGAACAGUGCUGUUUUCAAAGCUUCCUCUGAGGAAAUGCAGAUUGACCUCAGAUCAGAAGGUGCGUUUCCAUUUACACUCAACGACCCCAUGUGGACCUGUCGGUUGACUUUCAACCGCCUUGAGAGCGUCUGCUCGAAUGUUCCAAAGAACAUGGACUGCCAAUGCUGUUCGGGGGAUGAGCGUCACACCCAGAGGCAGGAUGAAGACGGCGACACCCGUAGGGGAAGCCCAGCUCAAGGAUAUGAUAGCCCAGUGCAAGAUCUGAGGAUCGCGUCGGCGGUUCAAAACAGAACAUGUCCGCCUACGUCAUUGCCGCCUGUCACAUCCUUGUUUUGGAGUAUCAAUGAUAGGUUUGCCCAAUCAAAUGUUCUACAGGGAACGAAGGACUUCCCUGAUGGCGGCCCUAUGGCGGCGUCGCAUCAUUGGGGCGCACCCCUUUCACACCAGCCUCAGUGUGACAGCGACACAAUGGAAGAUAACGGCCUGGACACAAAUAAUCUCCAGCCUGGGCCUUCUUCAAACACUGAGGGAUGGAAUGACCAAAGCCUGACAUCUUUCACACAUAUAUCUUCCGGGGAACGCAGCGACGAAAACAUGCUACGCAUUUCUCCAUUAAUACGGACGCCACACAAGCCUAGAGCGCACUCACAGCAUGGGCACGCUCAGUGCCAGCAUCUGACAGCUACUGGUCCUACCUCUACCCCGGAGAUCACAGCAAAACUACUCUCAGUUUUCAAUAAGAUUGGCACGCUAGCCUAUUGCUCGCCGCCCAUCAAUCCCGCGUUUCAAAAGAGCGGCUCUCGGGGUCCAGUGAUAUCGGUAGAUGGACAGGACCCGUCGAGUGUCAAAUCUAUAAUCGACUAUCUUCACAGUACCCUACCAAUGGAAGGAUUCCGGACCAGGGUUUUCAAGGGACCAGAAGCUCGUCCCCGACAUAUGUCACGACGGAAAUAUGGUCCCAUAGUUGAAUAUCUGAAUAACAUCUCCGCAUGGCAUCCCAUCUCAGCCCAAGUUGUCGAUUAUAUCCAGCACCCAUACCGAGGGCUACGGGCCAAGUCGAAGCGUAGUGACGACCUGGGAAACGGGCCUGUGCUGGUCUCACGCGACACAGGUUACCCACUUCCUGUUGCGCUCAUCGGAAGAUAUCAGCUCACAACCGUGGAUGCAUUUGCUUGUGAGAUAUCUGUUGACGACCCCUAUUCGCAAAUGACUCACCAACAGUGGAUGGAAUCUCUCUGGCGUGGCUGUGUCGGUCCCGACAUCGUUGUGUACAUCCAAGAUCACGAAAAUUCGGAGAUGGGAUCGUCACAGGAUCUCGUGUACAGUGCUCGCUUACAGGACACUCUUGGAAUCGUGAUCCCGCGUGCUAAAGGGUCAUCCAAGGAGCCCAAGGAGAGAGUUUUGAGACAUGUUGUCUGGGCUAUUGAUUCUAUCGUAAUGAGCACUCGCGCGUAA